GAUUUUAUUUUAACUAAAUUUUAGCUAAAUGCUCAUUAGAGUCUAAAAAAUUUCAACUUAGCUUCCGUUAUCAUAGGUUAGACAACAUUUUGUUAAGCACUUCUACUACAUGAGCUAAAUUUAAUUGUUUUAAAUCGUAUCGGAGGGAAUACCCUAAAUUUUAUAAGCUGGGACUUUUGCUGAAUUGAAACUUUUGUUAAUUAUCGGUAUACGGUUACACUAAACAGCUGAUGAAUGUUUGUUUAUUUACCGGAUGAAGACCUACACUAAAAGUACUUUGAUAAGAUGACUGAAAAAAAGCGCUUUGUAUGCAUUAAUUGUGGCCAUGGAGUUAAGGAACUUUUCAAAAAAUACAGCAACACCCUAAAAACCACCCAUUGUGAGAAAUGUCAUCAGAUAACGGAUAAGUACAUUGAAUUUGAGGAAUUUAUUAUUUUAAUAGAUGCCCUUUUGUUGGAUUCAUUUGCUUUUCGACACAUCAUAUAUAACGGGGAAUUUAAGAUAUACUGGAAGGUUUCGUUGGUGGUGCUGCUAGUGGAAUCCUUUGCGCUGUGCCGACAAAAGCUCACAGAUCCGCCACAAGCCGACUUGCAUAUCCACGAGAAAGGUUUCUAUACAUAUACGCUUCAAAAUAUAGGAGACUAUUUGCUCAUGACGUUGCUACUGUUGAUGAUCACUGCUACCCUCAGCAUUGAAUGGAUGAAGAAAAUGGGCGUUCGUAAAUUUACAUUAAUUAUUUUCAAAGUCGUUUUGAUUUCUAACCUAUCAAAGUUCUUUCUUUUGCCAAUACUGGUAUGGCGCAACAAUACAACAGUAUUUGGAAGAAGCUUGCACCACCUUUUGGUUAUGGGCCACCACCUUUGUUCACUGGUCCUUGCCUACGAGGCUGUUGGAGCAACUAGGAAGGUUUUCCGAUGGUGGGCAUUUACAUUGGUAGUUCUUGCAUUUAUUUUAAAAGAGACCACAAGGCAUUUUGUCUCUCUUGUGCUGGAAGAUAACUUUACGUAAAAACUAAAGGAAAGUUAGUUGAAAAAACCAUUUAGGUCGGGAACCCUUACAAAUUAUACUCAUGUCAACUACCAAAUAAAGAAGAAAAAAACUAAAACAUGCAUACAUAAAGCUAUAAA